CCUUUACUUGAUAUGUAUGUGAAAAAAAUGAUGAGGGUUGGAUCUUUAGUUCAAAUAAAAAUGGAGGAAAGUAUAUUUGGUUAGGAGUUUUUAGAGCAUCUACGUGUAGAGAAUAUAAAAGAGAUUCUUGAUCACAACUGGUUAAGUGCCUCUACUAUCACUGUAUUUUCCAGGUAUUUGUAUGACAAGUUUAUUAGUCCAAAUGGAUUAAUAAAUAAGUUCUCCUUCAUAUCCCCACAUGUAUCACGGGAGGAUAAUAUAGGAAAUGCUGUAGCAAAAAUACUCUUGAAAGAUGAGGAGUACUUCAAGGAUAAGAUGAUUCUUGCACCUUGCAAUCUAGGGUGAGAAUUCUAUUCAAAAUGUUAUUAAAUUUACGAGAACAAACUAUAUAUUCAAUGUAAAUUUUUAUUGCAAUAUUCAAAUGUUGGGUACAUGAAACAUUGGGUGUUACUUGUCAUCAAUCUCGAUGCUGAGGUGAUAUAUUACAUGGACCCGUUGAAUGGUGAGCCAACAAAACAUCAAAAUUUAAAAACCAAGUUUGAGAAUGCGUUGCAAAUUUAUCUUGCUAAUAGUAGUUCUAAAGUGCCUAAAGUCUCCAAGUCAAAGAAAAUUUCAUGGUCAAAAAUUCGGUGUCCCCGUCAAAUUAAUAGCAUUGACUGUGGAUAUUUUGUGAUGCGAUUUAUGAAAGAGGUCAUCAUGGAAAAUGAAAUUAUGAUCCCCGUAAAUUACUUUGAUGACCACAAAUGUCGUACCUACUCUAACGAUAAGUUAACUGAGGUCAAGGAGGAUUAGGCUACCUAUAUGGUGGAUGAUGUGUUCGGAAAACAAGAAGCAAUUAUUUUGCCUAGCUAGAAAAGUGAUUCGAUGUCUGGGUUCGGAAGUGCUUUGGUUCGCGAAGUGAUUACUACUUGAUGUUGUUUUGUUGUCAUUUCUUGAUUUUUUAGAUGUUUUUUCUCUAGUGUAGAAUAUAUGCUGUACUUUUUUUUUUGGAAUUUAGUUUGAUGCACUUGGACCAAAUUAAUUACUUGUGGCAAAAGUUUUAGCUUAAUUUCAUUGAGAUCAAUGUUGAAUCUGGUUUGUUAUAUCAUUUAUCACUAUUAUGUAGUGUAGAUUGAUCUAUAUACAUAGAUACAAUUCCUUCCAUAUUUUUUAAUUAAUUAUAUGGCAAUGGUAGAUAUGG